AUGCCGCACUCAACUUCUCAGGCGCCGCUCCGGACACAGCUCCCGAUAGACUUUGUGAUCGUCGGCGGAGGUCUCGCCGGAUUGUCGUGCGCGUUGGCGCUGAGACGGGUGGGACACAGAGUAACGGUGUUGGAGCGGGGGCAGAGAGGAGCUAUCCGCGGUGAAGGCGGGCUUCGACUACCACCAAAUGUGUCCAAAAUCUUCUUCCAGUGGGGUCUGCGGGAGGCUCUCGAGAAAGCGUCGCACACGUCGCACACCAUCUGGUUCUCGAUUUAUGAAUCAGGGGAGCGUCUGGGAGAGCAGGUCUGGAGCCAGGAGGUGCUGAAGGAGACACGGGGCGUGUUUCUCGUAACAACGCACGCGGAACUGCACGACUUUCUGCACGAGGCCGCAACAGCCGCAGGUGCCGACAUCCGCUACGGCGCCGCGGUGUCUGAGGUGGACACCGAGACGCGCAUCGUGCAGCUCUCGUCAGGGGAGAGCCUCGUGGGCGACGUGAUCGUCGGCGCGGACGGUGAGUUUGGCAUCUGUCGGACCGCGGUGGUUGGGCAGAAGACGCCAGGCACGGUGACGGGGCUCGCGAUGUACGACACCCUCAUCUCUCGAAAACAUCUUCCCGAUGGCCCGUUGGACAAGGUUCGCGCGGAGAACGGUUCGAUUGUGGCGUUCGGAGAUAAUCGCGCCAUUAUUGGGUACCCGGUGCACGGAGGAGAGGACUUUGCUAUCCAGUUAUACGGGCCCGAUGAUGCGCAGGAAGGCAACUACGGAGACGAGCCAUCAGUCGACGUGUCGCAGAUAGCCUCAACGUCGCAACCACGGCUGCGGGAAGUGUUGAAGUAUGCGCGAAAGGCGACGAGAGUCACCGUUCGGGAUCACAGCGACCUCGAAGACUGGGUAGACGACGAAGGCCGUCUGAUACUCGUCGGCGAGGCGGCGCACCCCUUCCCGCCAGGGACGAUCCAGGCGACCGCGAUGGCCGUCGAGGACGGCGCGGUGCUCGCGAAGCUCUUCGCGCACCUCAGCGAGGCGCGCCAGAUCGAGUCCUUCCUCUACGCGUUCCAGGAGCUCCGCCAGGAGCGCACGCGCUCCGUGCGCGCGUCCGAGUUCGGCAACGCGUUCUUCAUGGCGAUGCCCGAGUGCGACGUCUCGCGCGGACGGGACGCGAUGAUGCGCCAGCUGGGCGAGGCCGGCCUCAACGUCCUCGAGGGCGGCGACGGCGAGGCGAGCGGCGCGUGGGAUCAGGUCCGCACCAUCUUCGGGUACGACUGCGAGGACGAGGCGGACGACUGGUGGGUCCACUGGGGCCUCUUGCGCGAGCGCGCGCUCGACGGGAGGGGGUGCGAGGCGCCGGUGUCUGCCUUUGCGGGAUUCUCGAUGCACGUCAGCGAAAAGGCAGCCACUGCCAGUGAAAGUGGGGAGAGCGAUCGCGUCCUCUAG